AUGAGGGUCCCUAUAUUCGAGGAUCUAAAAGAUGAAACUGAAGAGAAAGAAACAGGGGAUGAAGAAAAUGAAGAUACGGUAUUCUAUAAGCCUGUUAUUGAAGAUCUAAGCAUGGAAUUGGCCAGAAAAUGCACAGAACUCAUUAGUGAUAUUCAUUAUAAAGAAGAAUAUAAAAAGUCAAAGGACAAGUGUACAUCUGUGACAGAUACUCCUAUGUUAAACCAUGUAAAAAAUAUUGGUGCAUUUAUUUCUGAGGCCAAAUACAAGGGCACUGUUAAGGCAGACCUUUCCAACUCUCUUUAUAAGCAGAUGCCAGCCACAAUUGACAGCGUCUUUGCAAGAGAAGUUACACAGCUGCAAAGUGAGGUUGCCUAUAAGCAGAAACAUGAUGCUGCCAAGGGAUUAUCAGAUUAUGCCCACAUGAAGGAGCCACCUGAAGUCAAACAUGCCAUGGAGGUCAAUAAACACCAGAGUAAUAUUUCUUAUCGAAAAGAUGUGCAGGACACACACACAUAUAACGCGGAACUUGACAGACCAGAUAUCAAGAUGGCAACGCAGAUAUCCAAGAUCAUAAGCAAUGCAGAAUACAAGAAAGCACUUGGAGAAAUGAAUAAAGAGUCUGCUGUAAUCGGAAGACCAGACUUUGAACAUGCUAUGGAAGCAUCAAAACUUUCUAGUCAAAUUAAAUACAAAGAGAAACACGACAGUGAAAUGAAGGAUAAGAAACAUCAUUACAACCCUCUUGAAAGUGCUUCUUUUAAGCACAGUCAGCUUGCUACCAUCCUAGCCAGUAAUGUGAAGUACAAGAAAGACAUGCAAAAUAUGCGUGAUCCAGUUUCAGAUCUCCCAAAUUUGUUGUUUUUAGACCAUGCUUUGAAAGCCAGCAAAAUGCUCAGCGGUCGAGAAUAUAAAAAGAUUUUUGAGGAAAAUAAAGGGCUGUAUCAUUUUGACAUGGAUGCUGUGGAACAUCUACACCAUAAAGGCAAUGCCACGCUCCAGAGCCAGGUUAAAUACAAAGAAGACUAUGAGAAAAACAAGGGUAAAUCCAUGCUUGAAUUUGUGGAGACACCAUCAUACCAAGCUUCCAAGGAGGCUCAAAAGAUGCAAAGUGAGAAAGUUUACAGAGAGAAUUUUGAGAAGGAAAUUAAAGGAAGGUCAUCACUGGAUUUAGACAAGACUCCAGAAUUUUUACAUAUAAAGUACAUCAACGGCCUUCUGAAGGAGAAAGAAUAUAAGAAAGAUUUGGAAAAUGAAAUCAGAGGGAAAGGAAUGGAACUUAAUUCAGAAGUUCUUGAUAUUCAAAGAGCAAAACGAGCUUCUGAAAUGGCUAGUGAGAAAGAAUAUAAGAAAGACCUGGAGUUAAUGAUUAAAGGGAAGGGAAUGCAAGUCGGCACUGACACCCUUGAAAUACAACGGGCCAAAAAAGCUUCAGAGAUAGCUAGUGAGAAAGACUAUAAAAGGGAUCUGGAGACUGAAAUUAAAGGGAAAGGUAUGCAGGUGGGCACAGAUACUCUUGAUAUCCAGAGAGCUAAGAAAGCAUCAGAAAUUGUUAGCCAGAAAGACUAUAAGAAAGACUUAGAAAAUGAAAUUAAAGGGAAGGGGAUGCAAGUGAGCAUGGAUAUCCCUGAUAUGCUUCGAGCCAAGAGAGCAGCGGAAAUCUAUAGCCAGAGAAAAUAUAAAGAUGAAGCAGAGAAGAUGCUUUCUAAAUAUUCUCCUGUGGCAGAUACUCCUGAAAUCCAGAGAAUUAGGACAACUCAACAAAACAUUAGUACAGUAUUUUAUAAAAAAGAAGUAGGAGCUGGCACAGCAGUUAAAGAUACCCCAGAGAUUGAGCGAGUGAAGAAAAAUCAGGAGACUAUUAGUUCACUGAAAUACAAAGAUGAAAUUAAACAUGCAACAGUCAUUUCUGAUCCUCCAGAGUUAAAAAAACACCAAAAGAAUAUCAGUAAUCUUCAGUAUAAAGAGCAACACUACAAAUCAACUCCAGUAAGUAUGACGCCAGAGAUAGAGCGGGUGCGGAAGAACCAGGAGCAGCUGAGUGCGGUAAAGUACAAAGGAGAGAUUAAACAGGCAACUACCAUUUCCGACCCACCAGAGCUGAAGAGAGUUAAAGAAAACCAGAAAAAUAUCAGCAAUGUGCAUUAUAAAGGUCAGCUGGGCAGAGCCACUGCCUUAAGCGUAACUCCUGAAAUGGAAAGAGUAAAGAAGAAUCAAGAAAAUAUUAGCUCGGUAAAAUAUACCCAGGACCAUAAACGGAUACAAGGUAGACCAAGUCUGAUUUUAGAUACACCUGGUCUGAGGCAUGUUAGAGAAGCACAGAACCAUAUUUCAAUGGUAAAGUAUCACGAAGAUUUUGAAAAGACAAAGGGAAGAGGCUUCACUCCUGUUGUAGAUGACCCUGUGACAGAGCGAGUGCGGAAGAACACCCAGGUUGUCAGUGAUGCUGCCUACAAGGGUGUCCACCCUCACAUUGUGGAGAUGGAUAGAAGACCUGGCAUCAUCGUUGACCUCAAAGUUUGGCGCACAGAUCCUGGAUCCAUCUUCGACAUUGAUCCCCUGGAAGAUAAUAUUCAGUCUAGAAGUCUCCAUAUGCUUUCUGAAAAAGCGAAUAACUAUAGGCGACACCGGUCUCGCUCUCAUUCCAGCAGUACCUUUGGUACAGGUCUGGGGGACGACAAGUCAGAAAUAUCUGAGAUUUACCCUAGCUUUUCAUGCUGCAGUGAGGUAACAAGAACGUCUGAUGAAGGAGCCCCUGUUCUUCCUGGAGCCUACCAACAAAGCCAUUCCCAAGGCUAUGGGUACAUGCACCAGACCAGUGUGUCAUCCAUGAGGUCAAUGCAGCAUUCACCAAACCUAAGGACAUAUCGAGCCAUGUACGAUUACAGUGCCCAGGAUGAAGAUGAAGUCUCGUUCAGGGAUGGUGACUACAUUGUCAACGUGCAGCCCAUAGAUGAUGGCUGGAUGUAUGGCACAGUGCAGAGAACUGGGAAAACGGGGAUGCUCCCAGCGAAUUACAUUGAGUUUGUUAAUUAA